AUGUCCCAUAGAUUCGCUGAAAUUAUAUCAAAAGUUGCUAUCCCAUUAGGUAUAACGGUUACCUUGGGGCAAUCGGCCCUUUAUGAUGUCGAAGGUGGUAAGAGAGCCGUUAUUUUCGAUAGAUUGAAUGGUGUUCAACAACAAGUCAUUGGAGAAGGAACCCACUUUUUGAUCCCAUGGUUACAGAAAGCUAUUAUCUAUGAUGUCAAGACAAAACCUAAGACUAUUGCGACUACUACUGGAUCGAAGGAUUUACAAAAUGUUUCGUUAACGUUGAGAGUGCUUCAUAGACCAGAAGUAUUGAAAUUGCCAGUCAUUUACCAAUCGUUAGGUUUAGAUUACGAUGAAAGGGUUUUACCAGCCAUUGGUAAUGAAGUUUUGAAGUCGAUUGUUGCACAGUUCGAUGCUGCAGAAUUGAUCACCCAGAGAGAAGUGGUUUCAGCCAGAAUUAGACAAGAGUUAUCACGUAGAGCUAACGAGUUUAAUAUCCAAUUGGAAGAUGUAUCCAUUACACAUAUGACUUUUGGUAGGGAAUUUACUAAGGCUGUCGAGCAAAAGCAAAUUGCUCAACAAGAUGCAGAAAGAGCCAAAUACUUGGUUGAAAAGGCCGAACAAGAAAAGAAGGCUAACAUUAUUAGGGCUGAAGGUGAAGCCGAAAGUGCUGAAACUGUGUCCAAGGCAUUGGCCAAGGCUGGUGACGGUUUGUUGAUGAUCAGAAGAUUAGAAGCCUCUAAAGAUAUCGCUGCCACAUUAGCCAACUCUUCGAACGUUUCUUACUUGCCAAGCGGUGGUAAGGGUGGUGACAAUGAUUCUAAAAAUUCUUUAUUAUUGAAUGUUGGUCGUUAA